CUUUUGACGUUUAGUCUUCGCCUUGUAUACAAUAUUUCGGCAGUUUUGAGUAUUUAUCGCAAACCGUAGAUUUACAAUAAAAAAUGACAAAAGUGGAGAAUGGUGGAAAAUCGGAUGGGAAAUCCGCCAAAUCUGAAAAGGAGAGAUCCAACAAACGCUCCCACAAGAAGGAGAAACCGAAGCCCCAAACAAAAAUAGUUAUUCGACAUUUGCCACCAACCAUGACUGAAGAGGAGUUUCUUAAGCAGAUUGAUCCUCUGCCACCACAUGACUUUUACUAUUUCGCAGCAGCUGAUUGGUCUCUGGGAUACGAUGCUACUUGUCGAGCCUAUAUAACAAUGAAAAACUACGACGAUGUUUUUUUAUUUAGAGAUCGUUUUGAUGGCUAUGUGUUUGUAGACUCCAAAGGUGCUGAAUACCCAGCUAUUGUUGAAUUUGCGCCUUUCCAGGGACAAGUUAAGAAUAAAUCACGCCGCGUGGACAAUAAAGUAAACACUAUUGAACAAGAGUCCCACUAUCAGCAAUUCUUGACCAAGCUCGAGGAAGAUAGGGAAGCUGCUAAAGGUGGAGAAUGUAAACUAGAAUUCAGUUUGGAUCGGAAGAAAGAGGAAAAAAUUACUUCAACGCCGUUGUUACAGUAUUUAGCUAAUAAAAAGGAGAAGCGGCGCGAAGAGGCCAAAAAACGGCAAGAGGAAAAACGUCGUUUACGUGAAGAAGAUAAGGAGAAACGAAAACAGGCACAGCCGCAGGUUACGAAAAUAAUUUCCAAUCAAGAAGGUGGUGGCGGAGGUGGAAAAGGUAGUAACAAGUCGGGAGGUGGUAAGGAAAAUAUUGCGGGCGAAAAAAAUAACCAACAACAGCCGGCGGAGGAGGGUAAAAGCUCACGUUCCCAGCGACGGGCUGAGCGCAAUCAACGGAGGCGUGAAGAAUUUGAACGCAAACGCCAAGAGCGAGAACAACGAGACAAAGGCACUGAAGGCAAAACAAAAAUGGAGAACGAAGGUGAGCCGAAUGCUGUCGGCGAGAAGAAAGUAAAAGAGCAACCACAGCAGGCAAAUAAGCCCGAUGAUGGAAAACAAAAUCAGCGUAAAGAGGGCGGAAAGCGUUACAGUGAACGUCGGGAACGCGAGAGAAACCGGAACCGCAAAGAUAAAGAAAAGGAGAAAGAAAAAUCAAAGGAUGUGAUAGUGGAAAAAGAACCAAUCAAAACUGAAGGCUCAGCUUCAGAAGCCAUUAAGGCCGCAGCAGCAGCUGCUGUUGGUGGAGAAGCGAUCGUCAGUGAGUCUGUAAUGAAUUUCAUACGAAGUGUGGCCACCGCCAAAGAGUUCGUUCCUAUGCACAAACAACAAGAAAGGGAAGGUCUACAAAAUAAGUCGUCUGAUGAAGCUAUGCCCCAAAUAAACGAUGAAAAAGAUGUUGAGAGCAAACCCUUGCCAGACGAGCAAAAGAAAAGUGAUUCCGCGAUCGAAGAGGACGCACACACACAAAAACAACGUGCUGCAGAAGAGCAACGUCGCAUUAGGAAUAAGGAUCGACCCUCGAUUGCUAUCUAUCAACCAAAAGCGCGAUUGCGUAUAUCUGAGGAGCGCGAUCCCAGUGCUUCGCAACUGCAGAGCAGUAGUAAAAGCGACACACGCAGCAAUCCUACUUCAGAUUGCGAAAGUGUAAAAAAGGAAGAAACGCAAAGGAAAAAAGUUUCUCGAUAUUCCGAGCGUCGCGCAGAGCGACGCAAUAACAAAGAUAAACAGAAACUUUCUGUAGAUCCCAUGGAAUCGGAAGUAAAAAAAGAUGCUGUUGAAGAGCCGAAGCUCGAUGUAGAUGAAAGUGUGUCACAUUUAAAUAUUAGUAAUCGAGAUGAACAGCAGUCUGACAAAGGAGCUGAAUUAUAAAUCAACCGAGAAUUUGUGAAUAAAAUUAUUAAUGCAUUAAUUCA